AUGGCAGUCCCGGAUCGAGACGUGGAAACAUUCUUGGCUGAUGAACGAUUUAGCAAAGUAUUCACGUAUCCCCCAGAUCCUGCUCAGGGACGACCCAACGCCCUUCGCAUUUCAUAUGCCGACUAUGGGUACCGUAAUACAGAAAAUCCUAAUGUCGAAAAGGUCUUUCUUUUUUUCGGGCCUCUUCUGGGGUCUCGAAUGCUUCAUAUAGCCAAAGAUGCUCUAGCAAAAGAAUAUGGAGUCCGUAUCAUCAACGCCGACCGGCCGGGUUUUGGCGACACGCCGGAUGUGGACGCAGAGGGGAGAUUGGCUUUCUGGCGGAAGGCUUUGUUUGCAUUAUUACAGCACUUACAGAUCCGCCACGUGCAUCUGGGCGCGCAGAGUGCCGGUACCGUAUACGCCGUGGAUUUUAUACUUCAUUAUCCCGAAAUGCUAUACUCGCAUAAUGCCUAUCUUGCUAUUGGGGCUCCAUGGAUCCACCCUUCGCAUUCUCGAAUCUGGUACAUGUCAGUAACAAACGCUCUUCCCAGGUUCCUGCUGGUACAGGUGGAUAAGCUUGCUUCCUUAUUCUCUGUGGUCUCCGCUCCCAUAUUGGAGACCAGUUUCGGGCUCACCUCUGCUUUGGGGACGUGGUUUGCCACUCAGCCAGCUGGAGAUGACGCCUCCACCGCCGUCGAUCCGGCGGUAGCUUUUGCAGAGGCGUUGGACCCAAAAUUGGCCGACUUUAUCUAUGCUAUGCCUGUUCAUGGAAUAUCCAAUGAGUCGAUCGUGCUCAUGAAAAAGACGCAGGGCACGUCUGGAUGGGCAGACUGGGUAGAUUACGAUGUCUUGGUUCCGCGUCUCAAGACCGCCAUGGCUGAGAAUGGCCAGUGCCUGGUUGUAGAUUGCUUUUUAGUCAGACAGACUCCAUGA